GUGCGGCGAACCCUUCCUUUCGUGUUGCAGUUGUAUAUUCUCACAACACAACAACGUCCUUCUCUUCUUCCUCGAACGUAACAUUUCGUAAGAGCAAUAAGGUAGUGGGAAAAAUAUGAGAACUUCAUUAUUCCUCCGUUUUCUUCAAUCUUUUGUUGGCCCUUCCAAGGUUCGAGCUUAUCGUUCUUUUGUGUCGACGCCUUUGUCGUCGUCGACUUUGGAGCAAGCAAGCGACCCUUCUUCGUACAAUGGAGAUGAUGCUGACGUGGAUUGGGACAACCUAGGAUUCAGUCCCCGACCAACUGAUUUUAUGUAUAUCAUGAAAUGUUGUCAAGAUGGAAAUUUUGUACAAGGAAAGCUUUCACGCCAUGCAAACAUUGAACUCAGCCCUUUUGCAGGUGUCUUGAAUUAUGGACAGGGUAUAUUUGAGGGUUUAAAAGCAAACAGGAAAGAAGAUGGGAGCUUGCUUCUCUUCCGGCCUGAUCAACAUGCCAUUCGCAUGAAGAUUGGUGCUGAAAGAAUGUGUCUGCCAUCUCCUUCCAUUGAUCAGUUUAUCCACGCAGCGAAACAAACCGUGAUCGCGAAUGACCGAUGGGUUCCUCCACCAAGAAAAGGUUCCCUUUACAUUAGACCAUUGCUCUUCGGAAGCGGACCGGUUCUGGGUGUCGGUCCGGCGGCCGAAUUCGUGUUCCUCACAUAUGCUUCCCCUGUUGGAAACUAUUUCAAGCAAGGUAAAGCGCCAUUGAACUUAUAUGUUGAAGAAGAUUCGGUUCGUGCAUUUCCGGGUGGAGUUGGUGGAGUGAAAACCGUUUCGAAUUAUGGACCGGUGAUGCAAGCACUUCUCAGGGCUAAAAGCCAGGGAUUUUCUGACGUUUUGUACCUUGACUCUGUAAAUAAAAAGUAUCUGGAGGAAGUCUCUGCUUCCAACAUAUUUAUUUUGAAGGGCAAUGUUAUUUCAACUCCUCCUACAAGUGGAACAAUUCUUCCCGGGAUUACUCGGAAAAGCAUUAUUGAAAUUGCGCGUGAUCUCGGUUAUCAGGUAGAGGAAAGAGCUAUAUGGGUGAACGAAUUGAGGGAAGCUGAUGAAGUUUUUUGCACUGGAACUGCAGUGGGAGUUGCCUCUGUGGGGAGUGUUACGUACAAAGGCAGAAGAACUGAGUUCAAAGUGGCUGAAAACUCUGCAUGCCAAGCAUUGGGUUCGACUCUUGUAGGGAUCCAAACAGGCUUGAUUGAUGAUAACAAGGGCUGGAUUUUUAACAUAUCACUUCAUCAUUAAUCAUUCGAGUUAUUAUUUUAUAUACUAUUGGUAAGAAAAACAA